UGUUUUUUGAAUGGAUUAGGGUGGGAGGGGGAGGAGGAGGAGAAAGAGAGAGAGAGAGAAGUAGAGAACGCGGAAGGAUUCGCCGCGCUGUGGUGAACAGUGGUGAACGAUCGCCGCAAACAGCAAAUCGCCGGGACUUGGCAGCCCAAGUCGCGCUCUUUGCCGCUCCGGAUGAUCGAUAGCGCGGAGGAUGCACGCGGGUACGCGGUUAUUAUUCUCGACGCCCGGCCAAGAAUGAAGAAAUAAGUCGGGCCGGAACAAAAUUUAACCUGUUUGCCAAAUCGUAACCUCGCUCGCGUCGAAAGGUAAAAGAUCAGUUGGAAAGGCACGCUUGAAAGAUGAAGAUAUAAAUCGAUGCCAACGGCGAGAAUUUUGUUAUUCCGUUUCGCACGAGAGUCGAAUCCGGACAUUUAAAUAUGCCACACCAAUUUGGACUGCCAACGAUGGCACAUGGUAUGCAAUCUCCGCCCUCGCCGACCUCGGUCAUGUCCGUUUAUCCUCGAUUCGGCUCCGGCAUCUACAGGGCCGAUCACCAGGAGCAGCGACUUACCCGCGAGGCGAUGGAACGUUAUCUGCGCGAUCGUAGCGACAUGGUGAUUGUAAUCCUACAUGCCAAGGUUGCGCAAAAAUCAUAUGGCAAUGAGAAACGUUUCUUCUGCCCACCACCCUGUAUCUAUCUGUUCGGCGAUGGUUGGAGGAUGCGCCAGGAACAAAUGUUGCGCGAAGGCGAGAGCGAGCAGAGCGCUCAGCUAUGCGCUUUCAUCGGCAUUGGUAAUUCCGAUCAGGACAUGCAACAACUGGAUUUGAACAACGGGAAACAGUACUGCGCGGCAAAGACCCUUUACAUCUCUGAUUCGGACAAGCGCAAGCACUUUAUGCUCUCUGUCAAAAUGUUUUAUGGCAGUGGCCACGACAUAGGCGUGUUUCACAGCAAGCGUAUCAAGGUCAUCUCGAAGCCGUCCAAGAAGAAACAGUCUCUGAAGAACGCGGAUCUGUGCAUUGCCAGUGGCACCAAGGUCGCGCUCUUCAAUCGACUGCGAUCGCAGACGGUCAGUACGCGCUAUCUUCACGUGGAGAAUGGCAAUUUUCACGCGAGUUCGACGCAAUGGGGUGCGUUUACCAUCCAUCUCUUGGACGAUAACGAGAGCGAGUCGGAGGAGUUUCAAGUGCGCGACGGUUACGUGCACUACGGCAGCACCGUGAAACUGGUAUGCUCGGUCACAGGAAUGGCUCUGCCGCGGUUGGUGAUUCGCAAGGUAGACAAACAAAUGGCCAGUCUCGAGGCCGACGAUCCUGUAUCGCAGUUGCACAAGUGUGCCUUUUAUAUGAAGGACACGGAUCAUAUGUAUCUGUGCCUGUCGCAGGAGCGUAUAAUACAAUUUCAGGCUACGCCUUGCCCAAAGGAAGCGAACAAGGAGAUGAUCAACGACGGCGCUUGCUGGACCAUCAUCAGCACCGACAAGGCAGAAUACCAAUUCUUUGAGGGUAUGGGGCCGGUACGAUCACCGGUGACGCCGGUACCACUCGUCCACAGCCUGCAUCUCAACGGCGGCGGCGACGUGGCGAUGCUCGAGCUUACGGGCGACAAUUUCACCCCAAACCUCCAAGUCUGGUUCGGCGACGUCGAGGCCGAGACUAUGUACAGAUGUCAAGAGAGCAUGCUCUGCGUCGUGCCGGAUAUCUCCCUGUUCCGUGGCGAGUGGCUCUGGGUACGUCAGCCGACGCAAGUGCCGGUUUCUCUCGUACGCAAUGAUGGCAUCAUUUACGCGACCGGUCUAACUUUUACGUAUACGCCCGAGCCAGGGCCGCGUCCGCAUUGUCCGCCCGCCGACGAGAUUAUGCGAGCGCCACGUGCCAUGCACAAUCAAGCCAGUAUACCACCUGCCGCGAUGCCCGCCGACGUGCCCUGGAACACUCACGGCCAGCCACCGCAAUCGGGUCUCUGAUGUAUCCUAGAUGAUCGUCAUAAUGCCAACCAAAGUUUACGAUAUACUAAUGAUACGGACGGUGUAACGCCAACCGUCGUGUCUCACAACGACUACGGUCGCGAUGACGACGACGACGACGACGAUCACGACGACAAUCACGACGACGACGACGACGACGACGACGACGACGACACAAAUGAGAGCGGCGAUGAUGAUUGCGCGUAUCUGGCGAAAGAUUUAUUUCUCGAAAUCAAUGGUGAUGCGGCGCGAUGCGGUACAAACUUGGACAAUACGAAAACGUAGCGUAUCGCUCAGUGCAUCCGACGUGAUGCGACGACGAUGUGGCGCGUCGAAUUUUGCACGCGCUAGAGGUCGUGGAAUCUAGACUUGCAAGUUGUUGAGAUACAGAUUUACAGAGAUAAUAAUUUAUCAUAGCAAUCCUAUAGGUUUAACGGCUUAGGCUAGUGUGUAUAGACCGAGUCGCGAGUAUACGAUGACGGAUGAUAGAAUUUUUAGGAAAAGCAAACGAAAUUAUAAUAUUUGAUUUACAUGGUAAAAGUUUUAAUCGUUUCUAUGCUGUCUCCAAGGGAAACAUUUUCCUUGUAAUUUCAUCUUCGUCUCAUCUAGCGCUUUAAGAAAGAUACAAAACUAUCAAACGAUUAAUAACGUUAAUAACGAGUGAUAGAGGUAACACAGUCUUGGUCUAUACAUCCGCAUAUCGGUCACCGAACGAUGGUUGUGCUUUUAACAUUGUAUUUGUUAUGAAAGAAGCUGCUGCUACGCUUGGAAUUCGGUAUAAUGGAUCUCGAAGUUAUAACUGGGCGUUUGCUACAUUGUUACCGAUCGUAUCAUAAAUUCUAAUUUUUUUAAGUACGUUUUAUUUUAUCGACAGAAUAUCAUUUCGUAAUAAAAAAAAGAAAAAAAGAUAGAUUUACAAGACCGAUCGAGAACUCGUAUCGAAAUCCGAGCGUUGCUUCGCGUGAAUGGUCUAUCCUGUACAAAGUUAGAUAGGGACAAGGUACGUGAUGUAUUUUUGAACCCGCGCACGACGGCCUCGACAUUUGGUACAUUUGUAAAUUCAUAUGCGCGCCAUGUCCAUAGUUUCUUCAUUAUUUAUUAGGAGAUGCAUGAUAAAUGCAUACUUUCAUUGAGCGAAAACGUGUGUGAAUCGGCGCUGAUUGUGAAAACGAUCAAAGAUUGAUAGAGUCAGUAGAUAGUGUAUGUGUGUGUGUGUGUGUGUGUGUGUGUGUGUGUGUGUGUGUGUGUGUGUGUGUGUGUGUGUGUGUGUGUGUGUACGCGCGCGUAUUACAUGUAUAUAGUAUCUCAAUGUACGUACAGCACUUAUUGUGAUUACAAUUAUGUGAAUCCCGGUGUAACAAUUGCGUUAGAUGUUUUAGAGAUGCUCGCGUAAAACUAAUUUUUGAUUAUCCAACUUUCAUAAAUAAAAUAAAAUGUAGACAAAACAAAACAAAUUCCUCUAGCAUUAGAUAUAUGGUAUUGCACAUAUUUUUACGUAUUUUUCUUUAUAAAAAAAAUGUGGAUAUCGGAAAUCGCAAACGAGUGGAUGGGUCUUUAAAUUACGUUGUGCACGAAGGGUGGGUUCGGGGCACUAUCAGAACUAUUGCAUUAUUAUACUUGUCUCACGUCUAAUGAACGAUAAAGUUAGAAUGACACAAUAGUGAUGACAGCGUGUUUCCCGAACGCUUAUACCCGAAGACUUGUAUUCAUAUAAAUAUUUGAAGUUUUUUUUUUAGAUAGAUCGAGCAUCUUCUGUAUCAUAAUUUGGAGCAUUUUUUAAGGAUUUUUCGUGAAAAAAAUGUUUUAAAGAUUACAUUUAUGUGCUUUAUUGUAAUUAUAUCGAUAAGUACAAUGAAGACGCAUAGUUUUAUGCUCCUACACAUUUAGAAUAAACAGAAAGUUUAUAUUACAUGGUUAUUAAGUUCCUGAUUUAAUCCCCGAUUCCAAAACUAAUGUUGAGACUUCUUUGCGAGCGUCAUAUACAGAUGAACAUAUGUAUUAUCGAUAGUCGCGUGAAUCUUUUUUACUCACAGAUCCUUUGAAUUUCGAAUUAAUUCAGUUUUGUUUGAAAUUUAAUACUUUUCAUUUAAUAAAUAUUGAAAAAUCUUAGUAAAUAGAUAUAUGAGUGAUUAAAAAAAUUCCUUCCAAGCAAACGCGACGCUUUAAAUCAUUAAUGUGUAUGUACAUACUCGGAUCCUUUACCUUCUUUUUUUACGAAAGAUAAUCGAAACACUGUCAUCUUCGAGAGGAAAUGAGAUAGUAUCGCCUUGGGAAUGUCUUCCCGAAGAGAUCUGUGUUGGAAAGGGGGAACGCUGGUAUAUAUACAUUCCAUGGGAAUUUACCCACGAUUAACGCUUGUACUUUGAGCGUGGAAAGUAUGGUCGUCUUUAUUCACAAUUAUAAAAACGAAUUAAUAGUAAUUACACUUUUGCGCGAAGCGUUCAUUUCGAAAUUAUACUCUGUAGAGGUAGCAAGGCAAAUUUGGAGAAACUUUUUGUUAUACGGAUACAUUGCGUUAUUUUGCACCGUACACUGAAAAAAUUUUGUUCAUUUUUGAUCCAA